UAUAUGUUUCUAGUACAACUUAAUGCUAAUUGAUGAUUUGCCCCAUUCCAAAGUUUACUAAAUACCCCUCACAAAACUAAUCAAACACAUGAAAACAAACGAGUUACAUAUGUUAUAGAAGGUAUGGAAAUCACAAUCAAGACAAUAGAAACAAUCAAACCACUCUUGCCCACACCAGAUGAACACAAAUCCUACCAACUCUGCCUCUUUGAUCAGCUUCAAGCUGUAACCUAUUUGCCAAUAGUUUUAUUUUACCCCAGCACUGAGGGCUUCCCAGAACCUUCCUUUAUCAGUGCUCAAUUGAAAAAGUCACUGUCUGAGACACUAGCCAUCUUCUACCCUGUAGCAGGGAGAAGAAAAGACCACUCUUUCAUCACUUGCAAUGAUGAAGGUGCUCUUUACUUGGAAGCCAAUGUGAACCAUAGCAUGGUUGAGUUCCUCACACCACCUAAAAUAGAACAUCUCAACAAACUGCUUCCUUGUGAGCCUAAUAAACUGCACCAAGAUGGAGAAUCUUUACCCCAAGUACUUGUGCAAGUUAACACAUUCACCUGUGGUGGAAUAGCUAUAGGCACAUGCAAUCUCCACAUCCUCCUUGAUGGUUGCUCUGGCAGCCUCUUUCAAGCGACUUGGGCCGCCAUCUGCCGUGGCUCUAGAGAGGGAAUGCCACCACCUGAUUUCUGUUCUGCUUCCUCUUUCUUCCCACCAGUGAAUCAUUUGAGUUUGCCUCAUCAUAUUGCUCAGAGUAAUGAGGACUCUGACAUACAAAAAAAGUGCACCACAAGAAGAUUUGUGUUUGAUGCAGAAUCAAUCAACACUCUAAGAUCUGAAGCAAAAGAUGAUGGUGAUGAUGAAAGCUCAAAAUCCCCUACAAGGUAUGAAGCACUAGCUGCUUUUAUUUGGAAACACAUGACUCUGGCUUGCAAGGUGGAAUCUGGUGAUGUCACAAGACCAGCAUUGGCUAUUCAUAUAGUGGACAUGAGGAGGAGGAUGGGUGAGCCUUUCUCUAGAUACACCAUUGGCAACAUUUUGUGGCCAGUGAUGGUGUUUUCUGAAACCAUUCAUGCAGAAACUAAUAUCAAACACUUGGUGGACAUUGCAAGAGAGAAAUUUGGGAAGCUCACAAGGGAAUUAUUCUUAAGAGUGAAAAAUGAUCCAAGCAUACUUGGCAGCAAUGAGUGUGUGGAUCUGCCUCAAGGUAUUGAAACAAGAAAUCCAAUUCCAUUUGUGUUGACAAGUUGGUGUGGUUUGAAUUUGGCUGAGCUGGAUUUUGGUUGGGGGAAGCCAUUGUGGGUUGGUGUUAGAGGAGGUGAUCAAGAAACUCUCCCCAAUGUGGCUGUUAUUAUGGAAACAGAUGAAGGCAUGGAAGCUUGGUUGACUAUGGAAAUUCAGCAUAUAGCUAUGUUGGAAAAAGAUGUGGAGUUUCUCAAAUUUGCUUUGCCUAAUCCUAUUGUUUCAAACACAUGAUUUGGGUAAAUAGUCAAGUUCGUCCCUGAAUGUGUCCACCGACUUCAACUUCGUCCUUAAACUUUAAAAAUGACGCAUGUGAUCCCUGAAUGUGCCAAAUCUCCCUCAUCAGCAGUCCCUGACGUUAAAAAAUGUAACGGACGUUAAUGAGUUUUUUUUUUUUGAAUUUUCUUUCCUAGUUACGUGGAACUGGAACGUUGAGACAUCAAAUUAGUCCCUAGCAAACUAGUCGCUUUUCAAUCUUCAUAACCUUCAUCUUCAUCUUACAAAUAUUUUUCACUUGCA